CUUAUACUUUACCAGAAACAAGUCUCAGACCUCAUCUCAGCCUCCCAUCCUUUAAAUUAAUUUUUAGGCAUCCCCACGAUAAGAGUAUACAAUAUGAUUGACGCAGUGGUGAUGCAGCAUGUGUGUAGUUGUAUGAAGUCUGCUGAGCGCAAAACACAAGUGGCGGACUGUUGACCACCCAUAUAAGUCCACUCGAUCUUGACAUGGUUCAAGUGCGAAUAAUCCUUCAAGCUUGAUACAUUGUCUCCUUUAGCAAUCAAGUAUAUCACCUAUCUUACUAGCAAGUAACCAGAUCAUCGUCGGAGACCUGAAAAUAAUGUCUAAUUUUCUCCAGGUCUAUUCUCGAAAACACAAUGCCGUCCUCCAAAACCGACACAGGCAUUCGACUCCCUCAGAACGAUGACCAGACUCGACGUUUGAGAAGCACCACUCAAGAUCAGAAAGCUGCCUCUCGACUGCAGGACGCCUCAGGAAGCACAAGGGCCCAUGCAGCUGCUGACCCGACUUCGAACUGGACACCGGAAGAGAUGUUCGAGUCUACUGUCAAUCAAUACAGCGAUCCAAUCCCCGACCGAUAUUCGUUCACCGAUGGGGUUAGAAUGGAGAGAGGAGCUUUCGGUAACGAUGAGGCGGAUGCAUUUGAGGCUGCUCACGACGAGUUUGAUUAAGUCUUGAGGGCAUAUUCACUCUUCAUGUUGUGAUCAUGGUUAAGCUGAAAUGUGGUGCUAUCAUGGGCACCUCUUGCACUAGCUAGACAAUCAAUCGCCACAUAUACUCAGUAUCGUUUAUCACUAUCGAGAUUCAUGAUACUUUUAUCCAUAGAUGUUUAUUUUCUGUAGUGGGGUAAUUCAAG